AGCUGCAGUCUACAGUGCCACCGCAGUCGGACCAUUUCACUGGAAAUGAACGACAGCGCUUAGAGAGUUGUACCUUGUGGAGCGUUAGCACUCCAGGAAAACUGUUUGAGAGUUCCUGUGCACUAUCACAGGUCUUUGCAGAUUUUUGAAUUGGAGGUUUUCAGACUUUGAGCGAUCCAAAAUGGCUGCGUUGAUGUUAUUUUUCCAGGACACCCGCAGUAACCGCCUGGUGCUCGGAGACAGUAGUGAUGUGAAACUACCAGGGUAGCAAACUUUUGAGAGUGCAGAUCAGCACUUAGGCAGUCAGUUUACACGACUGUUUUUGCAUCAUAAGCUUUUAACGCCAUGAAUGUGACUUUUAUUGCAACUUAUAAAAUUUAUCAAAAAAAUGUUUAUAUGAAUACAAUAUGCACCACAAACACUAUCAACAUUAAUGAUCUAAAUCAUAAUUUACACAAAAUAUCAAUCGCAUGGGUCACAAAUUUGUUAAAAGGGACCAGUGGUGAUUGACAUUUAAAUUAUUGUCAACAACGGCUCUAAUUGCCAGGUGCCUCAAUCAGGUCAGCUGUGGACGCCUAUAAAUUGUUUCCGGUUCCUCCAUGACUUUGAAAUGUGCCGUGUGACGAGCCUUUAUAGAAGUUUGUAGCAACUGUCCCGAAUAGUCUUCAGCCAUGGCGUCAUCAAAGCCAUACAUUGGCUGUAAAAUAUCACUCAUUUCAAAAGCCCAAAAUCGCUAUGAAGGGAUUUUGUAUACCAUUGAUGCAGCGAACUGCACAGUAGUUAUGGCAGGAGUCAGGUGUUUUGGAACUGAGGGUCGACCAACAGACAGGCCAACGCCACCCAAAGAUGAUGUCUAUGAGUACAUUACCUUUAGGGCAAGUGAUAUUAAGGAUAUUACAUUAUGUGAACCUCCAAGAUCUCACCAUGGCCUGCCACCAGAUCCUGCAAUAAUACAGACAUCCGGUUCAGGCUCUUCAGGCGUCUACUCUGCUCUUGGAUCAGUCAGCCCCUUAAGGAUGCCUACCUACAACCAGCUUGCUGCUGGCUCUCUGCUUAAUCAGCAGUAUGCUGCAGCUCUCGGCCUUGGACCUUUACUUCAAGGCUUGCAUGUUCAAAGGGGCCCCAUGGUAGAAAAGGCUGUUCAAACAGUCAGAGUAAAAACAUUUAGGCAGAGGAGAGGUGUGAGUGCAUCCCAGCAGCAGGAGCAGCAGCAACAGAAUCAGGAACAACCAGGCCCCAGUGUGUCCACUUCUCAACAAGACACUCAGCAGCAAAAUACUGAAACCAGGCCACCUGCUAGAAAAAGGAAAGGACCUCGACGGCGCAGGAACCGCAGGAGAGGCCAGCUGAUGGUGGCUAAUGCUCCAUCGCCCACACUUAAAUUUGACACUGACUUUGAUUUUGAUUCCUCAAAUGCACAAUUCAUUAAGGAGGAGCUUGAAGAGAGGGUCCAGGACAGGCGGGUUGUAAAAGAUAGAGAUUAUGAGGUAAAGGAAGCUGAAGGGUUCCACCUGACUUCAGAGGAUGAUCAGUUUGGACCAAAAUGCUACUAUGACAAAUCAAAGUCUUUCUUUGACAACAUCCCGUCUGAUAAUGGACUCAGGCUAACAUGGGCCGAAGAGCGAAAGCGCAAUCUGGAGACUUUUGGAGUCCCUGGACGUUUCCUGAGGGGCCAAGGAUUCAGAGGUGGUUAUACUAGACAAAGAGGACGGGGAGCUGCUCAAGGAAACACAAGUGGACAGCUGUAAAGAUCAAUUUGAAACCAAGGCACUAAAGUAAAGCCACCCACAUUUCUUAUCUUAUCUGUUUGUUACACUGAGUGGAAGGGACUGUUUCCUCUGUAAGCAUCUUGUUUCUCCCAGUGAACCCCCCCCCCCUUUUUUUUUUUGUUUUUUUUUUUUGACAGACCCUUUUGAUUUUUAGCACAGUAAGGAAAUUAUGAGUGCCUUGACAAAGGCUGCAUUGCAUUUGGGAGGAGUCAUGUGCUCAUGUUGGUUCACUCUUGAUUUACUAGGAUACAUGAACUAAGCCAUCAUUAUUACAGCUGUGCUGUGACCACCAGAAUGUUGAUUCAAGUCUA